AUGGAUCAGAUCGAAAGCGACAUGCUCGUGGACCACGAGUACGACGAGAAGGCCGACGUGGCCAUAAUCACGCCCGACACAGACGACCAAAUGGACGAGGUCGACGCCGAACCCGAGCCCCGCGCCGACGAGUACGAUGCCUUCAUGAAGAGACACAUGCCCAAGAACCCAGAGUACGAGACCGAGGCCGAAGUAUACAACACAUGGGAGAUCAGGGACUGGCGCCAACUCACACGACGUGAACAUGGCCCUAUCUUCGAAUGCGGCGGUCAUCCCUGGCGGAUACUAUUUUUCCCGUACGGUAACAACGUCGACUUUGCGUCCUUCUACCUCGAGCAGGCCUAUGAAGAAAAGCAAAUGCCAGAGGAUUGGUAUGCGUGUGUCGAGUUCAUGCUUGUACUCUGGAACCCCAAGGACCCUACCAUAUUCACCACACACACCGCACACCACCGCUUUACUGCCGACGAAGGCGACUGGGGCUUCACACGCUUUGCAGAGCUGAGAAAACUCUUCAGCAACUCCUGGGAGGACCGGGGACGGCCAAUGGUAGAAGACAAUGCGGCCAAUGUGACUGCAUACAUAAGAGUGCUCAAAGACCCCACGGGAGUGUUAUGGCACAACUUCAUCAACUACGACUCUAAGAAAGAGACCGGCAUGGUCGGCUUGAAGAACCAAGGCGCAACAUGCUAUCUGAACUCGCUCUUACAGUCACUUUUCUUUACCAAUGCGUUCCGCCAGGCUGUUUACCAGAUCCCGACUGCCGAGGAAGCCGAUCGCUCGAAUAGCGCCUACGCCCUACAACGACUCUUCUACCUUCUCCAAACAUCAAACAACGCCGUAGGAACCACGGAGCUGACACACUCGUUUGGUUGGGACUCGAAGCAGAUUUUCGAACAGCAGGACGUACAGGAGUUGUCCCGUGUGCUCAUGGACAAACUCGAUGAGAGGAUGAAGGGUACUGAAGCCGAGGGCGCCCUGACCAACAUGUUCGUUGGUAAAAUGAAGACCUACAUAUCCUGUAUCAACGUCGACUACGAAUCGUCUCGGGUUGAGGAUUUCUGGGACAUACAAUUGAAUGUGAGCGGGAACAAGAACCUGGACGACAGCUUCAAAGACUACGUGCAGGUCGAGACCAUGGACGGCGAAAAUAAGUAUUUUGCAGAGGGUUUUGGGUUGCAAGACGCUAAAAAGGGUGUCAUCUUCGAGAGUUUUCCGCCAGUGCUACAUCUCCAGCUGAAGCGCUUCGAAUACGACUUUACGCGCGACGCCAUGAUGAAGGUGAACGACCGUUACGAAUUCCCCGAAGUGUGGGACGCUGCGCCAUAUCUCUCCGACGGAGCCGAUCGAUCCGAAUCCUGGAUAUACCACCUCCACGGCGUCUUGGUUCACAGCGGUGAUCUCAACGCUGGUCACUAUUACGCCUUCCUGAAGCCAACGAAAGACGGCCACUAUUACAAAUUCGACGACGACCGUGUGACUCGAGCGACACUACGUGAGGCGCUGGAAGAAAACUUUGGCGGUGACUACGCCCAGGCCAACGGGAACACUGGCCAACGCAAUCCCUACACCAGAGCCUGGUCCGCAAAACGCUCAAUGAGCGCCUACAUGUUGGUAUACAUUAGGGAGACGAGGCUUGAUCAAGUUCUUAUAGACAGCAAGGCGGUAGAACCACCGAAGCAUCUGGCAGAACGACUGGCUGAAGAACGGGCAUUGUUUGAGCGCAGGAAGAAGGAACGCGAGGAAGCUCAUCUCUACAUGGACGUUGCGGUCGCGUCAGAUGAACAGUUCAAGGCCCACCAAGGUUUUGACAUCGUUCCAUGGAAAGCCGACGCAGACACACCUGCUAGUCCGAGGGUCUACCGUGUGCUCCGAAGCACAACUAUGGCCGACUUUGCGGUUACGGUCGCCCAAGAUCUAGGAACCGAAGCCGAUAUGUUGCGGCCAUGGUCGAUGGUUAAUAGACAAAACGGCACAAUUCGCCCCGAUACCGCACUGGAAUUCCCGGAGAUGACCGUCGAAGAGGCUGCAAGCAAACAUGGCACGAAACAGUCGCAGUUCAGGAUGUGGAUCGAGAAAGCUCAAGAACGCGACGAAAGCGGUGCGCCAGUGUUUGGCGAGAAGCUAGUGGACCUCAAGGGUCAGGCUAACAACCGCCCAUUGAUGAUCUUUUUGAAGCACUUCGACGCAGAAGAGCAGAGUCUAUUCGGUGUUGGCACCUUCUACGCCGGAUUCCAGGACAAGGUUUCCGAUCUAACUCCAGCAAUCACAAAGAUGCUGGGCUGGCCAGCGGGUACGCAGAUCAAGCUUUCUGAGGAGAUCAAACAGAAUAUGAUCGAAGCGAUGAAGCCAAAAGUCACACUGGCAGCCUCGGAGAUACAAGAUGGUGACAUCAUCACGGUCCAGCGCGUACUGAGCGACAAGGAAACCGCACAGAUAACCACUGCGGGAGGCUACACCGAGGCAAAGGAAUUCUACGACUACCUCUUGAACAGAGUCAGCAUUGAGUUCGUGCCUAAGCUGCCUGAUACAGAUCUACCCACAUUCUCCUUGACUCUCAGCAAAAAGAUGGCGUAUGACCAAUUCUCCAGCAAAGUGGCUGAGUACCUCAAAACCGACUCUAGCUAUAUCCGCUUCUCGACGGUUAGCACUGCUGGCAAGCCCAAGAACCCUGUCAAGUACAACCCCACGUCAACUCUGAACAACAUCCUCUUCCCUGGCCCAUACAACUAUUCGGCAAGCGCAAAUCAGCGAAACGAUGCCCUGUUUUACGAGGUCUUGGAUAUGAGCCUGAAGGAACUAGAGCUGAGGAAACCUGUAAAGGUGGUGUGGCUCCCUGAGGGUCUCAGCAAAGAGGAGGAGCACACUUUGAUGGUACCCAAGAAUGCCCAAGUCGCGGAUCUCGUUGAAGCGCUGCAAAAGAAAGCGGGCAUCAGCGACGAGGUGAUGCAAAAGGUGCGGGUCUACGAGGCACAUGUGAACAAGUUCCACAGGGUCCUCCCGCUAGAUCACUCUGUCAUGAGCCUCUACGACUACACGUCAAUCUUUGCUGCGCCUUACCCCGAAGACGAUGCAUCGAAGAAGAUUUCGGUAUUCCACUUUGACAGGGAGCCAUCGAAGGCACAUGGUAUCCCGUUCCAGUUUGCGCUGAAAGAGGGCGAGCCUUUUAGCGAAACAAAACAACGACUCUCAGACUUCACCAAGAUCAAGGGCAAGCAAUUGGACAAGAUCAAGUUUUCUCUUGUCGGCAAGGGUCAAUACGCGAAGCCUGAGCCAAUCGAUGACGAUGAAGUACUUUGGGACUUGGUAGGUGCGCGUGACGAUGUAUCACUUGGUCUUGAACACCCCGCCAAGACAAAGACGCUUUGGGGAAAGACUGAUUCCAUCUUCAUUCGUUGA